AUGUGCCUCAUCGGUGCUUCAGUCUUGCAAGCCAUUGCCAAGGACCCCAACUACAUUGUCACGGCCCUCGUUCGUUCCGAAGAGAAGGCCACAAAGAUAACCGAGCUUCUUCCUGGCGUCAAGACCAUCGUCGGCUCGCUUGAUGAUGCUGAGCUGCUCACCGAAACAGCCUGCAAGUCCGAUGUCGUACUGCAAAUGGCCGCCUUUCACCUCGCGGGCAUCGGUGCUCCACUCGAAGGUGCGAAGAAGCGCGUCGAGGCGACUGGCAAGGCGCCGAUCUUCAUCAAUACCUCUGGCACGGGCAUCUGGGCCCACAUCGCAGCCAAUGGCGCUCCCCCAUUGGGCAAAGUAACGAGAUACACCGACACCGACCUCGUCGAAACGUUCAUCGAUUUACCCCAUACACCUCCAACCAAGGCCGUCAUAGAAGCUGCAGCAGCCGGAUACGCCAAGGCUUUCACGAGUUACCCGUCAACUGUUUGGGGCGAGCCGGCUGGUCCAUUGUCUGAUAGCGGCGUAGCGCAUAUCGGCUCGAUUCAGGUCCCAGCGGUGGUCAAGGCAUCGAUCGGUCGUGGACAGGGUGGCGUUGUAGGCGAGGGCCUCAAUGUCUGGAAUCACGUUCAUAUCGCUGAUACGACCAAGUUCUAUGUGUUACUUCCUGCGAAGGCCGUUGACGGUUCUGCGCCCUCCAGAGCGGCUGAAGGACGUUACAUUCUCGAGAACGGCUUAUACCAGUACCUCAAGCCCGCGCAAAUCGACACCGAGGCCCUCCGUGCUAGGGGUAAGUCCGCUUCAUCAAAGCUAAGCAAAUUCAAGCAGGAGUUCGACGCCAGCUCCUUUCUUUUCUUCUUCGGCGCGAAUUCGACGACUGCGAGUCCUCGCUCGCGUUCAAUAAGCUGGGCACCUAAGUAUACCACCGAGGACUUCUACGAUUCUGUGCCGAAGGAAGUAGACGUCCUCUCCGGCAAGCGUAAGUUGUAUCUGGUCAUGUCAUAG